GAAGCGACUGGGCCUCGAAUCACGGUUACAGUUGCUUCAUUCUUCAAAAAAUUAGAUUUACAAUAAUUUUAAUUAGUUAAGAAUGGGGAGUGGGUGGGCGGUGCUCACUAAGCCAGAGGUGACCCCCAUAGGGGAUUCACCACCUUCCUUUGAUACAAUGUUGGGGUUCAAGGAUGGAAGGAAACCGAGAGUCAUGCUUACCACUCACCAAGAAAUGAGAGCAGCUAGACUUGACCACGAAUUUCGUGAUUACUGUGCUCAUCAUUACCUAAAUCUGGAAGUGUGCAGGAGGGCAAACUAUCCCUGGGUAGUCAAGUGCGGAGCAGAGAAGCAUGCUUGGGAUGUCUGUGCUUAUGAAGAUUACGUUUUGAGAAUGAAAGAGUACGAGCGUGAGCGUCGACUCCUAGAAAGGCAACAAAGGAAGAAACAGGCAGCCGCAGCCUGAAGACUUCUUUCUCCAUCUGUAGGUGUCCAAAAAAAAAAAAUGAAAGAAACUAAAAAAAAUCAUCUCUGUCGUUAAUACUUAGAGCUUGUGAGAGACAAGAUUUUUCAUCUUGCGUAUGUACAUAAUUUAAAUGGAUUGCAUCAAUAAAAUUCAUCUAAUUGUUGAAAAAUUUGCCA